UCGUUACACCAAGGUCGCGCCAAUGAGAACGCAAUAUCCACAUGUUAUAGUUUACUUUUUGUAUCAAUACUCAGAGGUUACCCUUAUCUACGGGGGCCUUAGUUAUAAUGUGCUGAGAGUGGACAACACACGUCUGAACAUGUGCAAUUUAUGAUGGGGUGCCUAAAUAAAUGGAUUACGCCAUUUUUAAAGCAGUGCUUCGUCACUGCUGGCGUAUCCCUGAACAUGGCUGGCUCUGGGCUGGUGAUUGGUUUCACCACGACCUUACUGGAGCAGCUAAAGAGACCAGGGUCUAUCAUACCCCUGGAUGACACGUCCGGAUCUUGGGUAGCGGCUAUACCCGGCAUGUCACUGGUCUUCGGCAACUUCAUCGCGCCCACAACGAUGUCGCGGUAUGGCAGAAAAAUUGCCAACCUGAUCAGCAUAGUGCCGCUAAUUAUCGGCUGGGCAGCCAUCUACUUCGCCAACAGCAUCACGAUUCUACUCCUGGCCAGGUUUCUUCAGGGUCUCUGCAUGGGCAUGUGCACUUCCCUAGGAUCACUUCUAAUAGGAGAAUACACCAGCCCCAAGAACAGAGGAGCCUUCCUAAUGACGAUAUCAGUCUCCAUAGCCAUAGCAGUGAUGACAGUACAUUCUCUGGGCGCCCACUUCACGUGGCAAACCACAGCUUUAGUUUGUGGCGGCAUCUCUUUCAUAGACCUCUUCAUCGUAUUAUAUUCACCAGAAUCUCCAAGCUGGUUGGCCCAGAAAGGCAGAUAUGAUGCCUGCAAACAAUCCUUUCGGUGGCUCAGAGGCGAGGUCGAAGAAGAAGAGCUAAGAAAAAUGAUAGAAGCAAGCAUUUUGCUCAGAGAGGCUGAAGCAGACAUGCAGCAAACGAAAUCUUGGAUAAAGAAGUUCAGAAACCAAGUAGAGUAUUUUAAGACAACGGUGAAGAAAAAGGAGUUUUUGAAGCCGAUUAUUAUAAUGAUACACAUAUACAUAUUGGGGCAGUGGAGCGGGAUCAAUAUGCUGGUGGCGUUCCCUAUAGACUUAUUCCACAAGAUGGUUGGAAAUAAAUGCGACAUACCAUUACUAGUGCUCACUCUGGACGUGCACAGAAUUUUAGCAAAUACGACAGCUUUGUAUGUGAUACAGAAAGUGAAAAGGCGGACUAUACUUGGUGUUACAGUGUGUAUAAACAUUAUAGCGCUGAUAGCUUGCGCUGCAUAUUCCUACGCGAAGGAGACCGGUCACAUUCCUCCAGAUGAGUUCGGUUUUGGGGUAUCAAUAAUACACAUCCACAUGUUUGCUGUAGCUACAGGAUCAUUACCGCUGUGCUUCAUAAUAGCUGGUGAAAUAUUUCCAUUAGAGUACCGUAGUUUAGCUGGAGGGAUCAGUGUGUUGUUCUAUUCAACGAAUUUAUUUGUUACAAUAAAAACCGUGCCAUUUUUUUUAAGUUCUAUCGACUUGUAUGGCACGUAUUUAAUAUAUGCGUCGUUAAUGGUGUACAGUUUAGUGAUCGUAUGGAAUUUAUUGCCAGAAACGAAGGACAGAACUCUUCAGGAUAUUGAGGAUGAGUUCAGAGGAAGGCCUUUGUCUCCUGAGGAGUUGAAGUCAGUCCAAUCUUUAGCCUCUCUAAGAGCUAUCACCACAGAUAGAAGGUGCAGCAAUCCAAUAAUUUUAUAGUUGUCAAUUCCACGGACACUUACACCCGGUUUCUGAAAGGCUUGU